AAGAAUGUGGUAGUGCACGAAAAAUAGAAGACCUUAAUGCUGUCACCUAUCCGCCGCAUAUUAAGCCACCCGAUCCUACACUAAAUCAAGAUGCCCAACCAGGAAAAUACAAAUAUCAACGUUCAUUUUUGAUGCAGUUCAUGACUGUGUGUAAAAAGAAACCGGAAAAUUUAUCCCACUUAGAUGCAAUCGGACAUCAACAAGUCGGUGGACUAACAAUACCAAUGGAAAUGGUUGCUCCUCUUGGGAGAUCCGACAACAGAUUGGUAUCUCAAUCGGUUCCUGGAGAGGUUCCCAAAGCUGGCGAUCACAUUAUUGAGUUGGCGAAUAAAUCAAAAGAAGAAUGUAGUGGGAGAAUAUUAAAGACAAUUAUUCAACUGACCUUUGAGAAAGCUUGUGAUGAACCCAAUUAUAGUCAGAUUUAUGCACAACUCUGUCGGAAGAUGUUGGAGCGCAUUGAUAUGGAUAUUUUUGAUGAGACUAUUAAGAAUGCACAAGGCGAAUGCGUGCGCGGUGCUGCAUUGUUCAGGAAAUAUCUACUUACCAUGUGUCAGGAGAGCUUUGAAAAGGGUUGGAAAAUACCCAAUAAUGAGAAGGGAAUGCCUAACCGGUUUUCUGAUAAAAGACGUGGACUGGGUUUGAUUAGGUUUAUUGGAGAGUUAUUCAAAGUGCACAUGUUGACGGAACGUAUUAUGCAUGACUGUAUAAAGAAAUUAUUAGCUAAUCGUGAAGACCCAGAAGAAGAGGAAGCUGAAUUUCUGUGUGAAUUGCUUAUGAUAAUUGGGAAAGAACUGGAUUAUUUGAGAGCAAAGAGUCAAAUGAACGCUUACUUUAUUCGUAUGGAUAGUAUGAGCAAGAAUACAAAACUCAGCAGUCGUAUAAGGUUUAUGCUUACGGACGUAAUUGAACUCAGAAAGCGGAAUUGGAUACCACGCCAUGAUAAUGAUACUAAUGCACCCAGGACGAUUGGAGAUAUACAACCAAGGUCAGGCAUAUGGGGUUCCUCAUCAAGAUUCGGGCAAGCGUCCGGCAACAGUACUAGAUUGUCCAGAACGAGUGACGACCGCGACAAGGUUGGUAUGCAACACGGCAUGCAACAAAUGUCAGACUGGACUGUUGGCCCCUCAUCGGCCCGUAAAGUGGAUCUCACAAGAUUCGGACAAGUGCGCAGCAACAAAGUGAAUCUCGCUCUGGGUAAUGACCCAAUUGCAAGACUGGCAAGUGGCUCGGAAGGCUGGCGAACUAUCAAAGAGCAUAAUGAGAAGGGGUCUAGCAUGAGCAGCACUCAUACUUAUAAUGUUCUAUCAGGUUAUACUUUGAAAUCUUCAUCAAUCUCUCAGGAAGAAGCUAAGCGAAAGAUCAAAGCCAUGGUUGACGAAUAUUGGUCAGUGAGAGACAAGAAGGAAGUUGCCGUAUGUAUCAAAGAACUUCCUGACAGAUAUUUUGGUGAUGCAAUCCGAGAGUUCAUUGAAUCGGCGCUUGACAAGAAACCAGCCGAUGUUUCGAAUUGUGCUGACCUUCUCAAAGAACUACGGAAGCAAGAUGCAAUAUCUCCAGCAGAUUGCAAGAAAGCGUUUACCAUCAUUAUGGGUAAUUUAGGAGAUAUUGCAGUUGAUGUUCCACAUGCUUAUGCGCAUACUGGACAAUUGUUACACGGCGCCCAGCUAGAAUUACGUGAAGUGAUUACAUUGGUAGGACUGCUAACGGGCAUAGGAGGUAGUGAACCACCCUCGGCAAAGGUUGUGGCAGCGUAUCUAAAUUCAAUAAAAACUUCUAUGGGCGAACUGAUGGUACUUCGUAAAGUCAAAAAUGCCAAUUUUGAUUUCGCUUUGCUCUUCCCUGACGGUAAUAAAGAUGCCGUAAAUAGAUUUUUGGAAAAACAG